AGAAUUCGGAGCGCGUUUUCCGGACUUUUGCCGUACGGACUGGAAUCUUUUGUAAAGCCCCUGAAUAUGAUAUAGUUUUUCGCAUGUUCAUAUAUUAAAAGUUUUGAAUAUAAAACAUGCAAAUCAGUGUUGAGCCUGAUGUCUUUGAGCAGUUUCACAAGUUGAAGCAACUACACAAACCAGUUGGGAGUGACAGUGAGUUUCUCUCUUUUAUCGUGUCCCACAUUCAAAAGUGUUGUUACAAAAGCGAUAGUUGUAACCCAACUGUUCAAGCUCUUCCGAAUGGCACAUCUCUUCGGUCAUGCCCAGAAUGCAAAUUUUCAGCCGGCACGUCUGAACAGCUUUGGGAUCAUUUCGAAAGUGUUCAUCCUGAUGAAGGGAGCUUCUCUUGUACAUGUGGAGACUCUUAUAACCGUUUGCCGUUGUUUUUGAGGCACUACGUAGAUUGUCCCGUAGCAUCUACUGACUUGGAAGAUCCUCGCCGCAACUUCGCCUCGCUUAAGGACGGACGUAGAAUUCUACCUAGCAUCCUUCAUUCUAAUUGUGAUGGUGGUAUCACGGGUACGAAAUUGGGUCAGCCUAAUGUCUACCACCCUUACCGCCAGUCUACAGUAUCGUCUGCUCCAGGUCCGUCAGGUGACAAGCCAUACGGUUGUCCAAAAUGUUAUAAGGGUUUUAAAAGCAAAUCUCUACUCGAUCAACACAUGCAUCUCCAUUUUCCUCCUCGCUACAAAUGCAGAUGGUGUGGUAAUGUCUACCGUUGGCCACCUGUUUACUACCAUCACAAGCAACGGUGUAAAAAACGUCCGGUCAUUAGUAUGAGUGAAAUCGGUCACGCUUCUGACUACCGUUGUCUUAAUGGUUCAAUUAUGAAAGUCGAGGAUUCCCAAAUGCAUGUCGAUCAUAUUUCACCGAGACAAACCGCGUUCAACCGUUUCGUGAAUGCACCAGGGGUUUCUUUCACUCAAGAACUGGCGAACGAUAACAUCAUUCAAAAUGUUCCAGUCAUCGGAGACGAUGCAGCUAACUGUUCGCUAACAUGCCUAUGCACGGAAAGCUUUCUAAAUGUCCCUUCCUACCUUGAGCAUGCAACUAUAUGCCCAAAAGUUGUGUCGGCGUCCUCUGUCUUCGAAAAUCUUGCUAAUAGAGCCCUGUCUACUUCAAACAACUUAGGAUUCAGAUCUCCGCGACAAAGAAAUUCUAUUUCAAAUUUCCGGGAAUUACCGCCCGAAUAUCUUUCACAACUAAAAGAUACAACUUUAAUGCACUCUAAUCCUGGUGGUAUUUUUUCGUGUAACAUGUGUGGCAAGGAGUUCAACUCCAAACUAUCUCUCAAACAGCAUGUAGAUGGAAAGCAUCGUGCUGAAGGUAAGUACCUCUGUGGGAGUUGUGGUAAACGGUACCGUUGGGGUGCCUCGUUUUAUUACCACAAAAAAACAUGCGCCGGGCCUGUGUCUUGUGUACUCAAUUCUCAAACUCCGGAGCUUGUGACCACACACACUUAGUAAACUUGUGAAAUAUACCUUACCUCUUUUUCAUUUCUGUUGUAAUUGCCACAGCUCGUGAUACAAUAUUUAUAUAUUCAGCUGUUCAUUACCUGAUAUCGUACUUUAAAUGUUGUGGAUUCCAGGUAAUCGAAUUAUUUAUGAACUCGUUAUAUUUUAUUGUUUCUAUAUCGUUUAUUACCGCAUUUGAUCUCUUGCUUGUUUGCUGAAACUUGGUAAUUGUGUAACGAUGUGACGGUUACCAAAGUCUUGAUUUUGUAAAUAAUUCUAUAAAAUAAACUUACUAUUCCAGUUAAUCUAAGAUCUGUGCAUAAUCUAACUUUUCAGUUCAUUCAUUGCACUGGUGCAUUUAUCGUCACACUAGUAUCUUGUCAAUCUUGUAAUUAGUGUACAUUUGUGUACUGACAUAUUUCCUCCCCCCUAAUAGAAGGAUUUCUGAAUUUACCCAUUAUAUACAUGCUUUUUGUUCUUGCUUUUCAUUUAUCUAGUCGACACUUAGUGUUUUAUGUAAUCAAUCCUUUGACCCAUUUUGAUUAUUUUAAUUUUUUUAUGAGAAAUCAAAUCUCACUUCAUAUUCUGCGAUUGUUUGUUGCUGCAUAAAGCUUUCAAGGUAUAAGAUUCACAAAGUAGUUU